UACCAAUUUCUCUUACACAUACAUACAUAAAUGAAAAAAUGCCCGAAGCUAGUACAACAAAACAAAAUGAAGAAAUUGCCACGAUGUCUACACGAGCAAAUUACGACAACGGUACAACGAGCAAAUUACCCGUAUACAAGUGGAACAGAUCAAAUUCCAUUAAUGUUACUUAUAUACCUUUACUCGAACGCCACAACCAUGGUUUGCGUUCCAACGAUAAUGAUCUUAUCGCUUAUGUCAACGAUUUGUGUCAAAAUGAUGCCUGCAGUUUAAGAUCGUCGAAUGGUUCGAAUCUGUGCUGUUGUUCCCAGAGAACAAACUCUUCCUCGUGUUGGCACUUGAAAAGGAAACAGAUUAUACGACAAAGUUCACAUGCUUCGGCUAAAAAUAGAAUUGACAUUAGUUUGACAGAAAUAGCAACACACUCGACGAAAAAAUCUAUAUCUUUGCCGGCAACACCAAAUCUAAGUCAACUACGAAGACCUGUUAGAUCAAGCUAUAAAAAAUUAAAUGAACAGCAAACAACGUUUACAACGGAAGCCAUCAUACACAUGCCUUUAACGUAUGAACAAUUUCGAAAAAGACAACAAUUUCAAACACAAACACUAAAAACACCAACCAACUCAACUUCACCACUUUCAUGCUCACCUACAGCAAUAACGACAGCAGCAACAACACCCACAUCAUCAGCAACAUCAACAGUAACAUCAUCAACAGCAUCUAAGAAACUCAACACAUCAACAAGAUCCAUGUUGUUGAAACAUCGUUCGGUACGUUAUGAGGAGACAACAACAACAUCAACACCUUACAAUCAACCACUUGACAAUUCCACCACCAACACCAACAAUUCUCUUCCAAAUGAUCAGCAACAUUUUGCAAACAAUAAUAACAACAACAAUAUCAGCAAUGCAACAAUUAACAAUAAUAAAAUGUCCAAAACCCAGGGAUGUUUUCUACAAAACUGCUCAUACCAAAAUGAAAAUGGAGAGCAGCAAACGAACAAUACGAACAAUUCACAAGAACAUAAAAUAACGAAUACAACUCGUGGUGAUGGUAUUGGUGUUGUUGGCGGAGGUGGAUUUCUACGCUGCGAGCAUUGUUGUGAGAGUAUGGGCAGUCUACGACAACAAUCACAACCAUCGAAUGGCCAACGUUUAACAGCAAAAACAAAUAAUGGCCAAAAUACAAAAUAUUCCAAAUCCACCUCACUUGGCUCCGAUCAUUAUCAGCGAUCAGAUUCGGAAACAGUCUCAGAAUUGUCGUCGUAUCGCUUUGUAACGGAUGAAGAUAUUGGCAUCGUAGUGAAUGUGAAUGAUAAAUUUUCGUCGUCGCAGUCGCCAUUGUCUUCGAGUGAAAAUGAAAAUCAAAUCAAACGGUUUACGGAAUGUGUGAGUAAUGAUGUUGAGGAAACUUAUGACGACAACGAUUUAAAAGAAUAUAUAAAUUCUAGAACAACAACAACUAAACAACAACAGCACCACGAAACGAAUAAUUUUAAAAAUAAAAAUGAAUAUACUAAACAACAAGAAAACGAACAACAACAACAAAAACAAUAUCAGCAGCAACAACAGCCGCUGAAACAGCAACAAAAACACGAUCAUUAUUAUAUUGAUUUGGAUCAUAAUAAAACGUUACGCGCGCCUAGUGUACAAACGCCUACAAAUUGUUGUUAUACAAUUGAUAAAUCCCAUAGUGAUCAGUUUAUACCAUAUGUUGCUAGCAACAACAACAACAAUAAUAAUAAUAUUAAUAAUUACAAUAACAAUAUCACAAAACCGGUUAAAAUACCCGUACGUAGUGAAAACAUUAUACCGGUUGAUCUCAAUUUAAACGAUUGUAGUUUGUCCUCCUCUCUGCCCCGUAAUUAUGGCAGUAAUUUUGAUACCUGCUCUUUUGCCCGCCAACUGUACAUAAGAAAUUCUUUACGUUCUCAGAAAACGGCCCCGCCAGUGCCGCCUAAACCUAUAACGGACUUAGACGAUAAGGAGUCAUCUUCGUAUGAUCCUCAAAAGUUUUAUCGUAAAUUGCAAAAGUUUGAAAAACAAUCUUCGCUAAUACAACAACAAUCUUUGCCGCGUGAAAUACCAAGUGCGCGUUCUCAGGAGAGAUCUAUUACUCCCGAGAGAUGUGAAUUAUUGAAUUGUUUUCCCUCCUAUCGUAAUCGUAAUCAAGAGCAAAAGUCCUCUGAAAACGCAAAUAACAGUGUAUUAAACGAACAUUCUCAACAAACGGAAAAUUUUGAAGAAUUAUUAAAUCACUCCAAUAAAAACGGUUUUAACCCUUUAAAUAUCAAUGGUCAUAUAAAUAAUAAUAAUAAUAAUAAUAAUAAUAACAACAACAACAAUAACAAUAUAUUAAUAAAAAGUGAAUAUUCUCUACCUAAACGAACUUUACGUUAUGAUAAUCAUGGACGUUUAAAAUCCUCAUUUCUAACCCAAUUACCGGUCACAAACUAUCGUCGCGCUUCACUGGACACUGACUCCUCGGCGAAAUGUCAUAGUCCUUCUUUCAAUCUAAAACUAACACCAACUUUAACGCGUAAAUUUCAAUAUUCUCCCAAACAUACCAUAACGAAAGAAAUAAACGAAGAAACCGAAGAAGAAAUCGAAGAAAUAACUCCUUCGAACGCGAGUGUUAUAAACGAGCAAAAUAAUAAUAACCUUAAUAAUACAUCACCUCCCCUACUUAAUUCACCCACAUCACCUGCACCAAGCACACGUUCACUUUUACCGCAAAAGAAAUCCUAUUCCUCACCCAUAGUUCUACAUCACGAUCGUCUCUCCAGUCCGGUCUGGUUGAGUACGGAUACUUUAGAAUCUCAUACAUCAUCAUCACAAAAAUGUCUCGAUGAAGUGCAAUCGAAUUGCAGUGAUCAGACUACGAUAUUUCAUUUCGAACACGAUAAUUCGAAUUCAUCAUCACCUUCUUCGCUAUUGUACGGUAGUGUCGGUGGUGUAACUGUUGCCGGUCAACAUUAUCAUUACGGCAGUAAUUGUACCACGAAUGGUGGUAAUAUAUUUAAAGGACCUUUGUUAGUGAAACGUUUGCCGGCUAUACAAUCGUUUGGUUACAUUCCCACACAAUCGAGCUCCUUGGGCAGUGCUAAUGUACGAGAGGAAUUUGAAAAGGAGAUCACUAUGGAAAAACGACGUAAUACUUUGGAUCGUUUUCAACGUUUGGCAUUUGGUCGAAAAUCAUCGGCCAAUACAAACACCGCCAAUAGUGCUAGCGAUUCCACAGCAGCCAGCGGUUCAACGAAAAAUCGCAAGUCUUCGGAAAAAACUGAAAAACUACGAGAAUUGACCGAAUUGUUAAGGGUGGGAGGAAAUCGCUCUUCACCCACACCACCUCCAGUACCACCACCACGUAAACCCCGUUCCGGCAUGCAGUCAGCUUCACAUAGUUCUGAAACAACGGAUGUGAGUGAUCACUUAGCGGGCACACCACCGACGUCAUUAUUGGUGCCAUCACCAUCGACGUCGACAGCAGCAGAAACUUCUGUACACGACGAUGGUUUGCUGUCAUUUAUGUCGUCUAACAGCGAUGAUAUAUUGCCUAUGGAUCAAGAAGAACAUGCCAACAACAGCACCUCAAAAUCUUCAAGCAAUUUACAAAAGUCAGAUGAGGGAGCGGAGUACAAGGGUCGCGUACAAUUAAAAGUAAACAAUACACAAGAUUCCAAGCACACAACAGCUACCACAGCCACAUCAAUGACACCAACCACCUCACCGCUCUCCUCUCCCACCAUCAAAACAAACGCCAGUCUCUCCAAUUUGGAUUUGCUGAUACAAAAACAACUACGAGAAAAAUCAAAAUCCCCUCCUCCACCACCACCACCACCGCCGUUUCCACAUUCUAGCAGAAAAGAGCAUGCUGCUGCUUGUGCUGCUUCUGGCGAUGAGAUCGAUGGUGAUUUGGAAUUUAAUGAUUCGCUAUGUAGUACGCAUAUUGCAACGAAACUAGACAAACCAGAAUCGCGCACGGUUAUAGGCUCCUAUUGUCAGAAGGGCAUACCAUUUCGUUCGGCUUCAUUUUCGGCUAUCGACUACGCGGCGGGUAAAUACAAGAAAUCUGCCCUAAGUGCUUUAAGAGAUCGUUUAAGGCGUGAAAAGGCUGUAGAAUCUACCAGUCCUACCAGUUCCAUAUUCAACAGUGUUGUAGAUAACCUCACCUGGCCACGUAAAAAACUGGAGGAAGAGGAAACAAAAGAAAACCCGGAAGCCAUUGAGGCUGACACCAAACCUAAACCAGAUUGGAUUUAUAUUCCCCUAAAAGAGAAAUCAGAACUCAGUAUUAAUUUGUGUUAUGGUCAGGAUAAGGCCUUGGAGGAUGUUAUGGAGUCUCCCGAUUUAAUACCUGAAGAAGAGGUAUUUAUGGCCGAUACCAUACAAGAAGUACCUGAUAAAAUGGAGGCAGCUUGUGUGGCCACCAUGGUGGCGGCUCAUGCAAAAAUGGAAUCUCUAACCGAUACCAUACAAUCGGAUAACGAUUACAUUAUAGAUGAAUCACAAGUUCCCAUAACAGUGGAAUCUAAAGAUCUGCAAGAAGCUAAAUCGGAUAGUUUAGAGGAAACCGCAGAGGAAGAGGUAAAACCUUUAAUAAAUCCUCUAAAUGACAUAUUUGAACCCAAUCUGGCCACUCUAAUGGAGGAACAAAUACCUUUGGAAUCUCCACCGGAUAAUUUUCUGCAGACUGCCACUACUUGCCUUAUCCCAGUACCGGUUUAUGAGUGUGCAGCCCAAGAAUGGGGUUUGGAAAAUCCCCCACAGGAAUGGGUGGAGGCUACUCCAGAAAAAUUUGAUGUGAUACCUGAAACCAUACAACCCUUAAUAUCCCUGGAUAUUUGUCAAGUAGAAAAUGCUGAAACUAAAAAUCAAAAUGAAAUAGUGCCCACCAUAUCAGUGUCACGUUCAUCCGAUGAAUUAGAUGAAACUGCUAUUUUACGUAAACAGCAAGACCGACAGACAGAAAGCAUGGAUACAGAUUUAGAUAAUACCGUAGAAAGAAGACAGCCUUCUUUGGAUACGACAGAUGUUAAAAAACGUUAUAGUCAUGAUGACAUGGAGCUAAUAAGUGAAAAGGUAUCGUCUUUAGAAAACAUACCCACACGUCAUAGUGCUGAUGAAAGACGCAAGGCUGAUAUGUCGAAACGGCGUAAGGGUAUUUAUAUAGAAAAUUGGCAUGACCAUGCAGAGGGUGAAAUCACCGCCUCAGUACCCAAAACUUUGGCUUUAGAUAUAACCAUAGCCAAUCUGAAUGCCAUUAAACCAGAUACUCCCGAAGAUAAUAUUAUGUAUAUAAACAGUCCCAUAACUGAUGACAAUCGCACGCCCGCCUCUUUAUAUUCCUUCGAUCUCAAUACUCCCGAAGCUGAGUGUCAAAACUCACCGGUGUGGACUAUCAAAAACCCCAUUAUGGGUAGUUUUAGCCUUCAGAGUUCAGAGGAAAAAGAUGAUAUUCCAUUAGCUUCGCCACCCGUCUCGUUAAGUACAUCUCACAUAAGUUUACCACGAAAUAAUAAAAGUUAUCCUUAUCUACGCACCGAUUCGGUAUCGGAUAAUGAAAGUGAUCGUACACCACCACCUUCACGUGAUCGUACCAGUCCUGCUUUAAGUGAUUAUGAUUUUAAACGUUAUUCCAAGCGUCCGCUGCGAGGGCCAUAUGGCCAGAUGUUGGAGGCGGAAAUGAAGAAACCCAACAAAAUGCAUUUUGAAGAGAUUUUAGAGGAUCUAAGGGAGUCAGAUGUUUCCAUACAACCGAGGCGCCAGCGUUCUAUACAUGAUGACGCAGGUGGUCGUAGUAAUGUGCCCCACUAUUCCAAUUCGAUGCGUGUGCGUAAAACAACGAAUAACACAUAUUUGCCAGUACCACAACAUACGCGUGCCGCCUCAACACCUUCGCAAAUUGAAAAUAUAAGCAGUAGCGGCAGUAGAAGUGGCGCCUCUAGCACUGAACACUACGAUGAUGAUGAUGCGAUUAUCAAAGUUAAACCGUUAGAGAAAAAAUGUCAAAGUACUUUGGAUACCACAACCAUUGGCAGAGAUGAUAUACUAACUGCAACAACAACACCCGUUGCAGUGGCAACAACUGUAGCCACAUCGCCAACGACAACAACUAAAGCUGGAAAAUCAUCUAAAAAUGCAAUACUAUUGCAACGCGAACAAAAACGAGCUUCUUCUGAAGCCCCCAUCUCAAAGACGCACAGUAAACGCAGUCAAUCUAUGAGCAGCACUGAAAAACCAACUACAGCACAUUUACAACAUGUUCAUCAACAAAAACGCAGUCUAGACGUUACAAAUAGCAAUAAAACAAAUAAAAAUAAUCACAGUAAUAAUGCAACAACAGGCCACAAAGCUGCUGGAACAGUAUCAGGACAAACAAGUAAUACAACUUCGUCGUCAUCGUCAUCGACCACAAAUAUCCUGCCCACGCCUGAAUUGUUGGCUCAGCUGUUAAAAGGUUCCAGUGAAAAAUUACUCUCGGAACAACGUCAGCAAAUGUAUGCGGACACCCGCACCCAUAUAGUCCAAGAAAUAUUCCGCAAUGAACAAUCGUAUGUUGAGUCUCUGCAAACCAUGGUCAAUCGUUAUUUAAAGGUUUUAAAAUCACCCGAACAUGCUGGCAUUAUUGAAGCUCGUACUGUUGAUGAGAUUUUCUUUAUGGUUCCCGAUAUUUUGGAAAUACAUGAGAAAUUUUUAUCCGAACUACGCAAUCGUCUGGAUAAUUGGGAUACUCAACAGAAAGUCGGUGAUGCUUUUAUGGAAACGUUCUCCAAACUGGAAGUCUUGGAAGUUUACACUUCGUUUGUUAAUAACUGCAGUCGUGCCAAGAAUGCUAUACGCAAUACUAAACAUCAGAGACCUGCAUUUGCAAAAUUCUUGGAGACAACCGCUCGAGAACAUAAGGGAAAGUUAACAUUGGAUUAUUUGCUUAUUAAACCAGUACAAAAGUUUCCAAAUUACGAGUUACUAUUUCAAAGACUUAUCAAACACACCGAUCACGAUCAUCCCGAUCAAAAGCACCUGCAAGACGUCUUAAAGCUUGUCCACGACAUACUAGUGCACAUCAAUUGCAAAGAGCGAGAAAUACUCGAAAAUGGUCAAAGAGAGGCAACACUCAGAGAGUUAGAGGGAGUGAUCGAAGGUAUAACAGAUCUCAUAGCACCAGAUCGACAAUUUUUACUCUUCGAUUUGGUGACAAUGCCUUCGGGCCAAGGUGCACGCAAAGAAAGAGGUUUCUUUCUCUUCAACGAUCUAUUAGUGUUGACGAGCAUUAAGAAACGUAGCGGCACUAUACGCAAACCUAAUACCUCCAUUUGCCCGGGUACGGUGGCCUCAACAUUGGAUACAAAUAAAUAUAAAUUCUUAACAAAGAUUUCUCUAGAUUGUUUGGAAAUUGUUAAAACAAAAGAUGAAAAUGUUAAACGUAUAAUGACUGAAAUUGAAAAUUUGGCUGAUGAUUGCAAUAAAUUGCAACAGAUCAGCGAUAUAACCGCCACUCUUAAAUGUCCUCAUCAGUAUUUGGAAGAUGUUAUUAGAGAAUUGCAUCGUGAUGUACAGCGCCAAUUGUCAGAGAGACAAACGAAUGAUGCUCAAUUGAAUAUGCUCGAAUUAGGUGUAAACUCACCAAAUGGUACUCAGAAAUUAUGCAUAGUUUUUAGUAAGUCUGAAAAGAGAACCCAAUGGGAGGAAACAUUUAACGAAGCCAAACAAAAAUUAGCCGCCACUUUAGAGAAACAUCCCAUACCUGAAUUUCUAACCUCCAUACCGAUACGUAAAACUAGAGCUGGUCUCCAAUUCACCUGUGCCGCCGCUACUUUAAGUGAAAAACGUGAUGUCUGGGUUUGCAACAGUGAUGGCUAUGUGGGUCAAGUCUGUAUUAUGUCGCUACAUCCUGAACCGAAUGUGACCAGUUGUAAUGGUGUUUGUAAUGCUCGUAUUCUCUGCGUUGCUUCUGUACCUGCUUAUAAUGCUCAUAAAGCUUCCAUCAAAUCCAACUCCUCUAAUGAAGAACACUCUGCAUCAUUGUCAUCGGGACAACAGCAGCGUUCUUCUCUACCCCCUAAUAGUUAUACUCAACAGUUGUUAGAUUAUCGUAAGAGCAUUUCACCCAACUAUUCCACACCCAACUCGGCCAUUGGUACACCCGAAAAGAAACGAAGUGAUAAGACACAAGCUAAAGCUGCAUCGGCGACUGCCGAUUUGGCGGCGGGAGCAACAACAGCGGCAGCAGCAGCUGGCAAUAGUAGUGAUAUUCAAUUAGAUUUAAAUUUAAGUUCGAGUGAUGAAGAGGCUGAUCCCAAUGCUGCAGCUGCUAUUUUGGGUGGUGGAAGUGGUGCAUCUAUGUCGGCUGGAUCUAUUGUGGCGCCAUGUGAACGAGUACCAAGUCCUGCACCUUCAACACACACUACCGGCUCAACGUCUACGGCCUCGACGGCAAUUGUUGGCAGUAGUGGUACUUUAUAUCAUGGUCAUCAGGACUCAAAUCCUGAAGAAAGUGAUGGCAAUCAAUCAACCAUGUGGAUUGGUACUGAAGACGGUUGUAUACAUGUCUACAAUAGUACCGACAACAUACGCAUCAAAAAGAAUCGUAUUAAAAUUGAACAUCAUUCGGCAGUCUAUUCCAUACUGUACCUGGACAAUCGUGUAUUUGUGGCUUUAGCCAAUGGUGAUAUUUGUGUAUAUUUACGAGAUGGCAUAGCCUGGAAUACUACUUCAUCGCAUUGUUUAUCGAUUGGUACCGUAACAAGUCCCGUAACCAAAUUGCUCAAUGUUCACGGCAGAUUGUGGUGUUCGAUACAGGGCAUUAUUAAGGUUUUGGAUAUUGAUACAUUGGCGGUAAUUAAUCAAAUACAAAUUUCCUCGGAUUCCAAGCCCAUAACAAAUAUGUGUGUUUCCAAUAAUUAUGUAUGGAUAUCAAUACAAAAUUCAGCUCAUAUUAAAUGUUUUCAUUCCAAUACCCAUCAAUUAAUCACUGAAGUUAAUUUGGCACAGGCUGUGAAUAAAAUGCUUUCAAAUUGUGAUGAAAUUAUACGUCAACAUAAGGCUGCUUGCUUAAGGGUCACUUCCCUACUCUCUUGUCGUGACCUGAUCUGGAUUGGCACCAGUGCCGGAGUAUUACUCACCAUACCAGCUCAAGGUUACGACAAGGGUACCACCAAUGUUGUACCCACUGGUAUACCCCAUGGACACACCGGACAUGUACGAUUCCUAACAUUUGUAGAAACUUCAGGUACCUCUACCGCCAAUUCCAGCACUGAAAGUUCUUCAAGUUGUAAAACAGAAGCAGAGUCUUCCUCUUCGGCUGGUUCGAAAUCUCCCAAACCCCAAAAGGAUAAUGCACAAACAAAUCAGGCCAAUGCUGGUGGAAGUGCUGCAAAUAUACUUAUUAUAUCGGGAGGUGAUGGUUAUGAGGAUUUCCGCAAUUCGGGUGCCAAUUCGUUGAGUGAAAUUGCCGGUCGCGAGGACAGCACGAAUCAUCUGCUGAUAUGGCAAAUUUGAAGCCGAAAGCGUAAAAAUCGUUGGCGGGUUUUACUCAAACGUUGGAAAAACAAUAAUUAACAUUCAUACAGACAGACACAUACACACAUAGCAGAGAUAUAUUAAUUAUAAAAAAACAAUUAAGUUUGUUUGGUAUGUUGUUAAGGUUUUCCUAUGUUUUUUGUUUAGCAUAGCAACAGGAGUAAUGCAUUUGUUAUCGAUUUUUAAUGGAAAUACAAUACUUUUUAUCAUAAUAACAAUAAUAGAAACACAAUAACUAAUUUAAUAAUAAUUAUUUUGCAUUUCAAGGUUCCAAAAGAAAUUUAUCUAAAGAUUUUUAUGAAAAAGAAAUAAUAUGUGCCAAACUAAGAUUAUCUUUUAAAGUAAUUUUAUUAGUUGGAUUGUCAAAGAACAAACAAGAUUUAUUUUUUAAAUUUUAAAGUAAAAAUGGUUUCAAAUCAUGAUUUUUUAUUUUUGAAAAAUUUUACACAAAUUGCAAAUAGAUUUUUAAGGGGAAGUAUACCUAAGAGUUUAGAGAGAAAUUGAUAAUAAUCUUAGCAUAAUAAAGGCUUAUUUACAUGAUUAAAAU